AUGUUAGAAGCCAAGUUCGAAGAAGCAUCCCUUUUCAAAAGAAUCAUUGAUGGUUUCAAGGACUGUGUCCAACUGGUCAAUUUCCAAUGCAAGGAAGACGGCAUCAUCGCUCAAGCUGUCGAUGACUCAAGAGUUUUGUUGGUGUCCUUGGAAAUCGGUGUCGAAGCCUUCCAAGAGUAUAGAUGUGACCAUCCUGUUACACUAGGUAUGGAUUUAACUUCUUUAAGUAAGAUCCUACGCUGUGGUAACAAUACUGAUACUUUAACCCUGAUUGCUGAUAACACACCGGACUCUAUCAUUUUACUAUUCGAAGAUACUAAAAAGGAUCGUAUAGCCGAAUAUUCUUUGAAGUUAAUGGAUAUUGAUGCAGAUUUUUUAAAAAUUGAAGAAUUACAAUACGACUCCACUCUGUCCUUACCAUCUUCUGAGUUCUCUAAAAUCGUUCGUGAUUUGUCACAACUUAGCGAUUCCAUUAAUAUCAUGGUCACUAAAGAAACAAUCAAAUUCGUAGCAGAUGGUGAUAUAGGAUCAGGUUCCGUCAUAAUAAAACCAUUUGUGGACAUGGAACACCCUGAAACAAGUAUCAAACUAGAAAUGGACCAGCCUGUGGACUUGACGUUCGGCGCCAAGUACUUGUUGGAUAUCAUCAAAGGUUCUUCUCUUUCCGACAGAGUCGGCAUUAGACUAUCUAGCGAAGCUCCAGCUUUGUUCCAAUUUGAUUUAAAGAGUGGGUUCCUACAAUUCUUCUUGGCUCCUAAAUUCAACGACGAGGAAUAA